AUGUCUACUGGUCAAAAUAACAUUACUGUCUCCCCAUCAACCUCGACCACGCUGCCCAUGACGCCGGCUCACGUUCCGCCUCCUACCGGCCACGCUCCCAACGUCGCCCUCGUCGCGCCAAAUACGCCCCAAGUCCUCGCACAAGCUCCGUUUACCAACAAUGGUCCACUACUUCAACCGUCCCAGCCAUCCACGACCAACGGUGCUGACCCGACUCCCACUGAGGCUGUUGUGACAACCUAUGAGUUCGUCCAGACGCAAUGGAACGGUCCAAACGGAGCAUUCUCCGGUUUCGACCGCUCUUCCGAGCCAUUCUUCUAG